CCACUCUUGAAACUUGAAAGUGUUGAGAAUUUGAAACAGCCACCCUAAAUUCAGUACCGUACCUGAUUCAUUUGGGAUUGAGGGAGUCGGCGACUCGGUGCUGGGCAGUGUGCGACUAGGCAGUCGGCGCUGGGCAGUAGGACUGACGGCGAAGGAAGGCUCUCGGCGAGGGCUGGGACUCUGCGAGACGGCGAAGCCUCUCGCUCGGCGAAUCCUUUGCUCUCGAACAACACAGGCGAUGGCGAUUAAGGUCGGAUAAGGUUGGGCUGUUUUCAUAAUCCUAUAAUUGGGCUCUUAGGCCCAAUUUGUAAUGACCCGCCCCGGUUCUGAUCGGAUGUACAAUAUCUGUCCAUCCAAUCGCCGGCGAAAUCAGCUCCAUUUUCUUCAAAUUCCGACCCCCCGUUUAGCCGGCGACUAAUCACCGGAGUUACAUAUACGUCCUCCUUUUUUUCACCCCGCCGCGGUGCAGAUACCGAUGUUACAUCGGAGGCUCUGCACGAUUCUAGCAAACCCUAACCCUAGCCCGCUUCUCCUUCGCCGGAAAUUCACAAACCCUUUCCCGUGUUCGGGUCGGAACCCGAGGCCCCUCGCUGCGACGAGACUCUUGAAUCACAGGUUCCAGACGCAGAUUCCGGCGAUUCGCCGCCUCAUUUCUUCAACCUCGCAGAUGAGCCACGCCAGAAGACCGGAGGCGGUUCAUAUUCCUUCCCCUGACAAGGCGGACAAGAAGGAGGUCUUCCGCGCUUUGGAGGCCGCGCUGGGGUCUCCAUUCAGCUCCUCUCCCACAGCUCCGAACCCUAACCCUCUAAUCAUCGUGAUCAGCGGGCCCAGCGGCGUCGGCAAGGACGCGGUCAUCAAACGGCUCCGGGAAGUGAAACCCAACAUCCACUUCGUCGUCACAGCCACCAGCAGGCCAAAACGAGCAGGGGAAGUGGACGGAAAAGACUACUGCUUCCUGACCAAAGAGGAGUUCCUCUCCAUGAUUGAAAGAGACGAGCUUCUGGAGUACGCGCUGGUUUAUGGAGACUACAAGGGGGUUCCCAAGCAGCAGAUAAGGGAAUUCAUGGGGAAAGGGUGCGACAUCGUGCUGAGGGUGGACAUACAGGGGGCAGCAACCCUGAGGAAGAUCCUGGGGAACAGUGCAGUAUUCGUGUUCUUGGUUGCAGAGAGCGAGGAGGCAUUGGUAAAGAGAUUGAUAGAGAGGAAGACAGAGACGAGGGACACUCUUCUGGUGAGGAUUGCGACGGCGAGGGAGGAGGUGAGGCAUCUCAAGAAGUUUGAUUACGUCGUGGUGAACCGAGAAGGGGAGCUCGACAGUUCGGUGAAGCUGGUGGAGGCCAUCAUUGAUGCAGAGAAAGCCAGAGUCUUGCAGAGGAAUGCCACCAUCUGAAGUCUUGCAGAAGAAAAGAAAAGAAGAUAUUGUUC